AUGUGCUACGGGAGAUGCGCGCGAUGCAUCGGACAUUCGCUGGCGUGGCUCGCCACCCUCUGCAUUGUUGCGAAUGUUUUGCUUUACUUUCCUAAUGGGGAAACCAAGUAUGCUUCUGAGAACCAUCUCAGCCGCUUCGUGUGGUUCUUCUCCGGUAUCCUGGGAGGGGGCUUGCUGAUGUUCGUGCCGGCAUCCACCUUCAUCGGGCUGGACCAGGAAGACUGCUGCGGUUGCUGUGGCCAUGAAAACUGUGGCAAAAGAUGCGCAAUGCUGUCUUCUAUACUGGCCGCGCUCCUUGGGAUUGCAGGCUCUGCCUACUGUGUCAUUGUGGCUGCGUUGGCCUUAGAGGAAGGACCGAGAUGCACGGAUGCCAGUGGCCAGUGGAACUACACCUUUGCCCACACAGAGGGAGAUUACCUUCUGGAUAGCUCCACAUGGUCCAGAUGUGUCGAACCCAAGCAUAUAGUGGAAUGGAAUGUUUCUCUGUUUUCGAUCCUCUUGGCACUUGGUGGGAUUGAAUUCAUCUUGUGUCUCAUUCAAGUAAUAAAUGGAAUGCUUGGAGGUGUCUGCGGUUAUUGUUCCUCUCGCCAACAGGUAAGAACCUGUUCUGAGCAGGGUAGGAUGGGGUCUCGGAAAUGCGGAAGCUGCCUGAGUAGUUUGCUGAUUCCUCUUGCACUUUGGAGCAUAAUUGUGAACAUAUUAUUGUAUUUCCCCAAUGGGCAAGCUUCCUAUGCAUCCAGCAAUAAACUCACCAACUACGUCUGGUAUUUUGAAGGAAUCUGUUUCUCAGGUAUCAUGAUGCUUGUAGUAGCAGCACUUCUUCUUGUAUUGGAGAAUGACAACAACUAUAAAUGUUGCCAGAGUGAAAACUGCAGCAAAAAAUACAUGACACUGCUGUCGAUGAUCUUUUCUGCUCUCGGAAUUGCUUUCUCUGGAUACUGCCUGGUCAUAUCUGCUCUGGGCCUUCUUCAAGGCCCAUAUUGCCGUACUCCUGAUGGCUGGGAGUAUGCCUUUGAAGGCACUGCAGGACGUUUCCUUACAGAUUCCAGAGAAUGGGUUCAGUGCCUGGAACCCGCGCAUGUAGUGGAGUGGAACAUCAUCUUAUUCUCUAUUCUCAUAGCUCUCAGCGGGCUUCAAGUGGUUGUCUGCCUCAUCAGAGUGGCCAUCCAGCUGUCCCAGGCCCUCUGUGGGACCUAUUCAGUCAUUAUCCAGCCUGGAAUCAUUUGA